UCGCCGAGGGCGGGGCCAUGGGCCGGCGGCGGAGGUCCGGGGAGCCGGCCGCCAGCCAAGACUGUGAGCGCUGAGAAGGUGGCAACAGGGCCCGGCAGCGGCGCGAGGUCCUGUUGUCUCCCAGGCCCCUGUGGAUGUGUGCAAGGGGCCUGCCUCUGGGCCCAGAUGACACUCACGCCGAUGGCUUCGGUGAUGGCGGUGACUGAACCAAAGUGGGUCUCAGUCUGGGGCCGCUUCCUGUGGGCGAUGCUGCUGAGCAUGGUGCUGGGCUCCCUGCUGGCCCUGCUGCUGCCGCUGGGGACGGUGGAAGAACACUGUCUGACUGUGCUCAAGGGCUUCUACCUGCUUAGGAGCAAGCUGGAGCGGGCGCAGCCCGCCAUCACCAAGUGCACCAGGCCGUCCACGGAGCUCAGUCUUACCUCCAGGGGUGCGGCGCUGCUGGGGGUCAAGACCAAGGCCUCUCCAGCCGGCAAGUUGGAGGCCAAAGCAGCUCUGAACCAGGCCCUGGAAAUGAAACGGCAGGGCAAGCGGCAGAAGGCCCACAAGCUCUUCCUGCACGCCCUCAAGAUGGACCCGGGCUUCGUGGACGCGCUCAACGAGUUCGGCAUCUUCUCGGAGGAGGACAAGGACAUCAUCCAGGCGGACUACCUGUACACCCGCGCGCUGACCAUCGCACCCCACCAUGAGAAGGCGCUGGUCAACCGCGACCGCACGCUGCCGCUGGUGGAGGAGAUCGACCAGCGCUUCUUCAGCAUCAUUGACAGCAAAGUGAAGAAGGUCAUGUCCAUCCCCAAGGGCAACUCCGCGCUGCGCCGGGUGAUGGAGGAGACGUACUACCACCACAUCUACCACACGGUGGCCAUCGAGGGCAACACCCUCACCCUCUCGGAGAUCAGGCACAUCCUGGAGACGCGCUACGCAGUGCCGGGGAAGAGCCUGGAGGAGCAGAACGAGGUCAUCGGCAUGCACGCAGCCAUGACGUACGUCAACACGACGCUGCUGUCCCGCGUGGGCUCCGUCAGCAUCGGCGAUGUGCUGGAGAUCCACCGGCGGGUGCUGGGCUACGUGGACCCCGUGGAGGCCGGCCGCUUCCGCACCACACAGGUCCUGGUGGGCCACCACAUCCCGCCCCCACCACAGGAGGUAGAGAAGCAGAUGCAGGAGUUUGUCCAGUGGUUCAACUCGGAGGACGCCAUGAACCUGCACCCCGUGGAGUUUGCGGCCCUGGCCCACUACAAGCUCGUCUACAUCCACCCCUUCAUCGACGGCAACGGCAGGACCUCGCGCCUGCUCAUGAACCUCAUCCUCAUGCAGGCAGGCUACCCGCCCAUCACCAUCCGCAAGGAGCAGCGGUCCGAGUACUACCACGUGCUGGAGGUCGCCAACGAGGGCGACGUGAGGCCCUUCAUCCGCUUCAUCGCCAAGUGCACGGAGACCACCCUGGACACUCUGCUCUUCGCCACCACGGAGUACCCGGUAGCACUGCCAGAGGCCAGACCCAACCACUCUGGGUUCAAGGAGACGCUGCCGGUGAAGCCCUAACGCUAUGAAUCCCUCCUUGGUGGCAAGGGAUGUUCCAGCAGAGGGAAAAAAACUCCACAUUUCUAGAAACCUAGUCGUCUCCCAGAGCAGAAGGAGAUGGGGAAGGAACUGAAAACAUUCUUUACCUCCAAAUGUCUCUUUAAAGAAGAAAACUAAAUUAUUAAGCCUUGUCCCCAAGAUAACUUAUAACUGAGCCAAGUUAUUUAUUUUCCUUUGAGCUGGCACACGUGUGGUGUCUGCUGGUGGCCCUGGCCCCUGGGGUGGUCCCAGUGGCUUCAGGGGCAUCCAUGCUCGUAUAACUAGAACACAAGUUCUGGAGCAAAAUUUGCACUAGGUGAGGAGUGUGGGCUGAGCCCUGGAGGAGUAACUCCUUCCAGCACUUUCUGGAACCAGCUGAGAGGGUCUGUGCCUCCCUGGGACGUCAGCACGGCUGAGGAGGAACUGGCUGCAGGUCUGAGAAAGGAUUGAAAGCUUGCUUUCUUACAGGUGUUGGCGCCCCUACGAAGCGAUUAGUGUUGUGACUAAUCUUACUACUAGAGCAGAUUUCUGAGACAGGAAGUGAGCAUUCACCAUGUAUCUAGUUAGACACCUUGCUUAGUCCAAGGAACAUGCUUUGAGCCAGUUUCCAAACCUCUGGUACCAGAUAUGGCUGUUUUUCCGCAUCGAGACUUUUUCUAAUUAAGAACAGGGGUGUGGCUAGCCUGGUUUCUAUUGAUGUUUCUCCUAUUUGCAGCAAUUCAGACCAGAUGUUUUAGUCUAAAGUUUCUCUGGGUUUGUCACCCGACAGUUAAAUCCUGCUCCAAGUCAAGUGUUAGGACACAUCAGAGAAGACAGAUGCCAAGUCAGUAUCAGACAAGCGUUUGUGAUGAGUUAGGAUGCCGCUCUGUAGGAACCAAGAAACACCCUCUACCACAGCCAGGAUGCAUCCCUCUCAUCCACUUACCUGCCCCAUGGCCCCUGUCCCCUUGGGGGCAGCAGCAUAGAUGUGAAACGUUACAUGUAACACACCCAAACUGUCGUUACAGAGGCAGAGUCUUCUCAAUCAUUACCUGGCACAGGUGCCAACACCACUGCCGCUGUUCAGAGGCUGGACACCAUCGAGCCCCUUUACAGGGACCGAGCCGGUGACGUCCAGCACUGGACUGUCGGUGUCUGAACGAGGGUGAAUGCCCACCGAGUGCUGUGUGGGGAGACAGUUCAGAUCCUGACGCUAAGGAGGACCCUCUUCUGAUGUAGUGUUUCUACAGUUACUUAACUGUGUAACAAGCAGAGUAGUUUUCUAAAAGAGAAGUGAAACGAUGUAUGCAAUGGCCCCAAGUGAGUUAUUCAAGCCUUGAUACAAAGUAUUUUUGUAUUUGUAUGCCAUAAGAUAUUUCUUAAACCUUGCCUCCUCUACCGUUUUGCUUUUUGUAAGCACACCAAGGAAGCCUGACUGAAGGGCUGGCUUUGUACUGGAGGGAGAAAUUUGCACUUUAGCUAUAUGUGAAGGGUAUUAUUUUAACAAACUACUAAUAAAGUAUUUUGUUACAUAAA